AUGGCCAGUGCCCAGCUGUCCUCCCUACGUCGUGCCGGAGCAGGCAGUGACCUUAAAGAGACAGCGCCCUCCGCCCCUGGCGCCCUGCUCCGGGAGCGGCGUGCGGGGCACGGGGGCCAAGACCACGGCGGCGCUCGGGCGGCUGACCCGCAGCACCGCCUUAGAAGCCUGGCCGGGCGCUCUGACCUCCCAGGGCCCAGCCUUCCUGCCCAGCCACCCAGUGCCCAGGCCGCCACGUGCGCCAGGUCCUCCGCCUGUGCCCACUACCCACCCGCGGAGGGGCGGCUGUUCAUUGCGCGCUCUGGGGGAACUGCCCCUUCUCACCUCCGCAGUCCUGGGUCCCCCACCGCCGUGCGGUGCAAGGCCUGGAACGAGGGAGCUGGGCUGCUGCUGGCCUCUGAGCCACCCCCACCCAGAAACUUCGGCUCAGGUGGGGUCCUAGGCUGCGAGGCCCACUGCCAAGCCAACGCCAGCCCAGCGCCCAAGACACCCUGUGUGCCCCUUCUUGUCGGAGGAUGUCAAGUCGGAGUCAGUCAGAUGGCCAGUGCCCAGCUGUCCUCCCUACGUCGUGCCGGAGCAGGCAGUGACCUUAAAGAGACAGCGCCCUCCGCCCCUGGCGCCCUGCUCCGGGAGCGGCGUGCGGGGCACGGGGGCCAAGACCACGGCGGCGCUCGGGCGGCUGACCCGCAGCACCGCCUUAGAAGCCUGGCCGGGCGCUCUGACCUCCCAGGGCCCAGCCUGCCUGCCCAGCCACCCAGUGCCCAGGCCGCCACGUGCGCCAGGUCCUCCGCCUGUGCCCACUACCCACCCGCGGAGGGGCGGCUGUUCAUUGCGCGCUCUGGGGGAACUGCCCCUUCUCACCUCCGCAGUCCUGGGUCCCCCACCGCCGUGCGGUGCAAGGCCUGGAACGAGGGAGCUGGGCUGCUGCUGGCCUCUGAGCCACCCCCACCCAGAAACUUCGGCUCAGGUGGGGUCCUAGGCUGCGAGGCCCACUGCCAAGCCAACGCCAGCCCAGCGCCCAAGACACCCUGUGUGCCCCUUCUUGCCCGCGGCCGAGCCCAGGGCGCCCGCUGA